UAUUAUUUCUCUCUGCUAUUGACAAUCAGCGUCGUCGUUUUAAACCUAACCUACAUCGCCGCUGCCGCUGCCGCUGCCGCCGCCGCCGAUUAGGCCAGCCUUCGGCGCCGCCACACCGGCCGGUUCCAACAAAUUACUCUUCCUCUUUUUUUCUUAGAUUUCGUUGUCGUCGUCUUAUUGUUAUCCGAAUGGCGAGGAAACACAAAAAUGUUACAAAAGAUGGGAAUAUAAAAGAGGAUUCCAAGACGAAAGAGGGUUCGAAUUCUUCAUCACUUUUCAAGACAUUGUUCGGCGAGAUUUCCGAACAGGAUUCCACUACUUAUACUCUUUUCUCCGACAAUAAUCCAUUCCGCAGAAAAGCGGUAGAGACGCGGGGAUCGAAUAAUGAGGCGAAUUUAGGGUUUGUGGAGAAAGAUGCAGAGCCAUCGAGGGAUUCGGGGAUUUCCGAAUUUUCAGAUGUGAAUCUUGAGAAGAAAAGGAAGGGAGAUAAAUUGAAGAAAGGAAGCCCCACUAUUGACGCUGAAUCGGCUGAGCAGAAGGGUAAGAAAUUUAGGAGCGAGAAGGAUAAAAUCAAUGAAUCUGGAUUUGAAUCGAAAGCAGCACUUGAGGAAGGUAAUGAACAAUUGACAGAAGCUGCUGGGGCUGGCGAUUUGGGUCUUAAAAGUGAAAAAACAAAAAGGAAGAAAAGAAAGAGAGAUGAGAUUGAGGCAGAGUAUGAGGCAAGAGUAUACGGAUCUACACAAGAUGAGGAAGAAAACAAAGUGGAAAAAGCCAAUGUGAUAGGAGAGAAGAGGAAGAAAAUGGAUAAUCCAGAGGAUAUGAUGGUGUCCAAGGAGGGUUUUGAUGAUGAGAGCAGGUUAUUGAGGACCAUUUUUGUUGGAAAUCUGCCCCUAAAGUUGAAGAAAAAGGAAAUAUCAAAGGAGUUUGGCAAGUUUGGCGAAAUCGAAUCUAUAAGGAUUCGUUCUGUUCCUAUUGUAGAUGGAAAAAUACCAAGGAAGGGUGCUGUGAUCAAGAAACGAUUCAAUGAAAAUGUAGACAGUGUUAAUGCUUAUAUUGUCUUCAAAAUGGAGGAGUCUGCUAAAUCUUCGUUGGACCAUAACAUGGCUUUGGUUGGUGGAAAUCAUAUCCGUGUGGACAGGGCGUGCCCUCCGCGCAAGAAAUUGAAGGCUGAUAAUUCACCAUUGUAUGACAAUAAGAGAACUGUUUUUGUGGGAAACCUUCCAUUCGAUGUGAAGGAUGAGGAGAUUUAUAAGCUUUUCACUGGUAUAAAAAAUCUUGAAAGUAGCGUUGAGGCUAUAAGAGUUGUUAGAGAUCCUGGAUCAAGCUUGGGGAAAGGCAUUGCGUAUGUGUUAUUCAAAACCACGGAUAAAUUUACGUAUGUUUGGAGACAAAUGAUUGAAUGGAUCUGUUUGUGGUUGCAUCAGGAUGCUGCAAAACUCGCUGCUAAAAAGCGUGGCUUGAAAAUUCGUGACCGCGAGCUGCGGCUCAGUCAUGCUAAAUCACCUGAAACUCCAUUGAAGAGAAAGAGCUUUUCACAGCCAGAGACUGACAAUCCUCCAUUGAAGAAAUUGUCCAGUGCUUCAAGAACUCCAGACAGCAGUAACACAUUUAAAGCGAAGGCAAACCCGUCAUCUUACCAGGGUUUGCGGGCGAGCAAGUCGGGUGUUCAGAAGAAGAUCCAAACCAAGAGCCCUCUACCUAGACAACAAUCAAAUUCAAAACCAAAAUCAAAAUCCCGACCAGUUGCAGAGACUAAUGCAUUCGGAAAGAAUAAAAGGCCGGCAGUGGCUGCUAGGAAAGAGAAGGCACGACUGGGCGCAGGUGCCUCUCAGUUAACUGGAACAAAGCGAAAGCACGGCGAUCAAAGCCCUCAGGCAGGUAGACACAACAAGAAAGCCAGAAAAUUCAAAUAGAAGAUCGACCAAGUUAUCGAGUCCAAGUUCUUUCGAGAUUGUUGCGAAUUUAGAAGUCCAUUACACACUUUUCUUUCCCACACAGCUAUGUAUCUUUUAACGACUAGACUUCUCACCUUAUUUUAGUCAUAAACGCAAUCAACAUUAUUAUUUCAUCUUGGUAUGUUGUAACUUUAAAACGAUGUCCGGAUAUUCGCAUAGUAAUCAAAAAAUGUUGGGAAAUGUUAGACCUAUUA